AUGAAGUUUCUAUGCCUCCUAGGAGGCUACUGCAGCGCCAAGGGAAGCACCGAGCAUGUUCCCUCGGAAUUUGCCUGGUUUUUCGGUCUGCCGCCCAACUAUACAUUCAUCAAGGUUGAUGGGCCUGAACUCGUUGAUGCGAGCAUGGGCGAUUUCCCGAAUCGCAACACCCCCGAAGAGGCAAUAAAAGCUGCCACAACGGCGGUAGGUGAUCCCACAUUCUCGUGUAUCGCUGAGUUCAUGGACCAGCUGGUUUGCAUUCUUGACAGUGAAGACGACAUUGAUGGUGUGAUUGGGUUCUCGGAGGGCGCCCAAGUUGCCGCAUCGCUUAUUCUCGAGGAGCAAAGAAGAGAGAGAGAACUUGUAACUGGCAAGCUUGUUACCGCUGACGACUAUAAUGAAGAACCGAUCACUAUUCCCACCUGUCAUGUUGCCGAUGCGUCGGAUCCGUUCCUUGAAGGGUCAAUGGCACUGUACAAUAUGUGCGAUCCAGAUAGUGCUGAUCCGUUUGAUCAUGGGGCUGGACAUUUAAUUCCAAGACAGAAUCAGACUGCCGAUGAAAUUGCUUUGGUUGUGCGCAAGAUGAUCAACUGUGUGGCUUUAUUUGUAUAG